CAAGAUGAAGCGAGCCGGUUCCAUCAACAACAUCCUCAUGGAGCUGAGGAAGGUGUGCCAGCACCCUUACCUCGUCGAUCCCAGCUUGGAAAACUUGGAUCUGUCUCCAGAAGAGCAGCAAAAGCGCCUGACGGACGCGAGUGGCAAGCUCUUAUUCCUCAAGAAGCUCCUCCCAAGCCUCAAGGCUCGUGGGCGGCGCGUGCUGCUCUUCAGCCAGUUCAAGAUCGCUCUAGAUAGGAUCGAAGACUUCAUCAUCGGCGAGGGCUACAAGUACUUGCGCCUCGAUGGCGACGUGAGCCAGGUGCGGCGGCAGAAGGGCAUGGACAAGUUCAACGCCGACAACUCGGACUAUUUUAUCUUCCUGUUGACGACUCGCGCGGGCGGUGUGGGCAUCAACCUCGCGACGGCCGAUACAGUUGUGGUCCAUGAUCCCGACUUCAACCCUCACCAGGACCUACAGGCCAUCGCCCGAAGUCAUCGCUAUGGUCAGAAGAAAUCGGUCCUCGUGUUCAAGCUCAUGUCGGAGAAUGCGGUCGAGUCCCAGAUAAUGGCCAAUGGCAAGAAGAAGCUCGUGCUCGAUCAUCUUGUCGUCCAGAAAAUGGGGCAAGAGACCGAGGAAGGCGAGCUUGAUGACCUCCUGCUCUACGGUGCCGAGGCGAUAAGCAAGGCCGACGAGACUGCUCAAGACCGAGUGUGGACCACCCAGAAGGUCGACGAAUUGAUCGACGGGGCCGAGAAGGAGGCUGAGGAAGAGGCCAAGAGGCUGGCGGAGAGGGAAAAGGAGAAGGAGCGGGAGAAGGCCCAGGGAAAAACGGGCACCAAGGAAGCUAUGGGCUUCUCGUUCGCCAAGGUCUGGGAGACGAACGAAGGCAAGCUUCGGGAUGAGGCGGAUCAGAACGACUCCGAGGAACCUCAAGACUUCGACGAGAACAGCUGGCUGGCAUUCAUCGAGAAUGCAGACAAGGAGCUGGAACGCCAACGAGCAGAAGAGCUCGCCGCUGAGACGAGCAAGGGUCGCCUGCGACGCAAAACGCAGCCCAAGAGCUAUGUCAUCGACGACGAACCAGAUACCCCGAAGAAGGGCCGCCCCAAGGGCAAGGGCAAGGGCAAAGACGACAAUUCCGACAACGAGUUCGUUGCGCCGACGCAGGACGAAGAGUCGGAAGACGAAGUCUCAGACGAGAUUGACUACUCCGACCUCAGCUACGGGGAGAGACACAGUCUGGGGGGCGUUCUGGCGGGCAAGCUGGCCGGCAGGCAAAAGCUCACAAAGCACGAGAAGGAGCUCUUGAGAGCCCACAAGCAGGGCAGACGACUCGCUGCACAGCAAGCCCAGGCUGCGAACGGGAUAGCUGGGCCCGGGCCCUCGACAUUGGCACAAGGUGCCGAGGGCGGAGACCACGAGAUUCUGCACCGCAUGCAGAACCCGCCGACCCAGAUACCGUGUCCUGUGGUGAAGGCUGGCCCGGAAAGCAUUGAAGAAGCCCUUAAACGGUUCACAGCCAGUGAUGCCGUCUACGCCGUUCUCAAGCAGAUUCUUCGAGUACUCCAGAUGGGGCGAUCGACGGCGUCGACAUGCCCAUACUGCGGGCUGCGGUGUGGGCAGGCGGUGCGAGCAUGCGCCGAGGAACGCGGCACGCGCAAGGAUCUGAAGGAGAAGAUUCGCGGCCUCGAGGAACAGAUGACUCGGUACAAUGCGCGAAUCGACCAAAACAGGGAGCAGCUGAGAGCUCUGGGCCGCACUGGAGCCGGCACGUCGGCACAGACCCAGGCCGAUGUGCUGAUCCGCGAGAUCAACGAGAUCACCGGCCAGAUUGAACAGGUUCGCGAGGUGAUUGAUCCGCUGUACAAGGCGUAUCUGGAGUGGCCGAAGGAGGACAGACCUUCCAAUAAUUAG